AUGACAUCUUCUAAAAAUCUUGCAUUCCUACUCUUCUUUGCGUGUUCCACCCUUGUUGCUGUGGGACAAAAUAAUGCAGAAUACCUACAACAAGGAGCCCGGCAUCUCCCCGCCGAGUUUGUGAGCGAAUUCGGAGCAACUCGUAAGCUUGCUGUUGGUCCAAGACCUCCUGAUAACGAUGAUGAGCUUCCUUCCUCCAAAGGAGAUGGUACUGAUGAUGAGCUUCCUUCUACAAAGGGAGACGGCACUGAUGACGAGCUUGGAUCGUCAAAGGGUACUAAAAAGAGCAAUGGCAAGGGCGGCAAAGGCAGUAAGAAGAGCAGCAGCAGCAGCAGCAGCAGAUCGUCUUCAAAGAGUAGCAAGAAAGGAAAGGGCGGUAAAGGUGGAAGUAGUGACAGUCCCAUGUCAUCGAGCAAAAAAGGAGGGAAAGGAUCCUCCACAUCUGGUGAUUCUGCCAAGGGAACGAGUGGAAAAGGAGGAAGCUCCUCGUCCAAGGGUGGCAUGUCUUCGAAAAAGAGUGGUAAAGGUGGCUCCAAGGGUGACGAUUCUGCUACUUCUGGGAAAGGAAAGGGAGGAAAAGGAUCUAAAAAGUCUUCUAGUUCCGAUACCAAAAUGAGCCACAAGCUUUCUACACGCCGAUAA